ACUACCUGUUAAGGUCCUGAGUCAAGACAACAAUUUUUAUACCUUUCCUGGUGGUUCAGAAACGAGUCCCUGUAGAAUCAAAAGCAAAGAAAGGAAACAAUCUGACCUUUUGUUUGUUAGAUUGACUAUAUAAGAUACUUGACUUCCAGGAACAAAAACACAGAGAAGUAAUAAAGUUAUUAUUUUGGCAUCUUUGGACAUCUAUCAUAUUGAGAAGCCUGCUUUGUGAAGCUUCCUGAAUUGAGAUUUGGAAACUUCAUUGGUGCUCAUUUAUAACUUGGACUGUAAGCAUGAGUGAAUUCUGGUUGUGUUUCAACUGCUGUAUUGCAGAACAGCCUCAACCUAAAAGGCGCCGGCGGAUUGACCGAAGUAUGAUUGGAGAGCCCACAAACUUUGUGCACACGGCUCACGUGGGGUCAGGAGACCUGUUCAGUGGGAUGAAUUCCGUUAGCUCCAUUCAGAACCAGAUGCAGUCCAAGGGAGGCUACGGGGGUGGCAUGGCUGCCAAUGUGCAGAUGCAGCUCGUGGACAUGAAGGCAGGAUAGCCCUGGACCCCUCCUCCAUGUGAUGGCGUCUUGUUCACCCUGUUGUGAUUACUCCAGUGACAUGUUACUAUUCUGCUCUGAAGAAACUGUUGUCAGAAGAAUCCUGCAUUUCCUUCAGCUGGCAUGCAUGCCUUUGGACUCAUGGACAGAGUUCUUUGGAUUGUGGCUUAAUGAUUGAUUUUUAUGAAUAUGGAUCUGAUUUUAGCAUGAUCUUUUUUGUGAAUGCUAGCACUGUUUUGCAUUUUCUCCCGCAUUUUUAACAAUUUCUCUUUCCACCUCCAUCCCCUCUGCCUUAUGAUUUUAUUGGUAAGCAAAGAACUGCUAUUUUAAUUUGUCACCAUUUAUGUAUAUUUUGGAAGGUAUGAGAUCCAUAAGCACAAUGAUCACUUAUAUUCAUUUGAAACUUCAGCAGAGUAGUAUCUGCAUGCUUUAUGAAGUUGCCUGUAUGGGAGCCCAUGGGAUGCCAGAAAUGAACAUUUCCUUGCUGCCACAGGCUGAUGAUACUGCUGCUAUGAGAGAAAGGUUAGCUGUGGCACCAAGUCACAUCAGUUUCACACAAAAAAAGCAAUUUGUAGCUUAUUUUAGAAGUAUGACUUUUAUUUAGAGUUAUAGUAAAAGAAAAGCUUGCAUUCAUAAGGCAUUCAUUCUGUUGUAAAUGUUCAAUAUAUUUAUUUGAGAGCAAGGGCCUGGGAUUGUAAACAGGUAUGGUGAGAUGUAUCUGUGUGUGUGUGUGGUAAUACCCUCAUUGGGUCUGACUCUGAGCAUUGUGAUCUUAGCAGCUGUUCAUUUCUUUGUGUGCUCAUUCUGUUUUCACAUGUCUAAUGUUAUGGUAUCCAGUUGCUUCCAGUAGCAGUUUGUUGAGCUUUUGGCCUGUAUUCCUAACUGUGGAUUUCAGUCAUUGGCUUCUCCAUCUUCCACAUAUUUUGGGACAAUGGAAGUUGCCAGGGACAAUGGAAGUUGCCAGGAGCAACGGUUGACCUGGCUGUGUUGUUGCCUGUGAAAACAACCUGCAUGGUGACUUAUUAAGGUAUUGGUGAGAAACCUUUGGCUCAGGUUCCAAAAUACGUUUAUUCUUCACAAAUUGUAUUUCUGUAAAUGCUUCUCCUUCCUGAUAAGGGUGUAGUGCUAAGCCAAUUAGUGGUUUGUUUUUUCAUGAAAAUGUUUAAAUUAUGUCCAGUUCAGCCCUAUGUAACAGUUGCAUUUGGUAGGAAUAACAGUUCAUGUAGGAAAUGGUGCUUAACUGAAAACUGACUUAGAAAGCUAUAAGGAAUUAGGUAAUUGUAUAAAGGAAGAGAUCAUUUCUCUUCACCUUUGUCACAGGUUCUUGUGAAACAGGUAACUAACUAAAUAUUGGGUUUAUAUAGGCAAAACAUGGAAGCAUUUCUUCCCCCAGUUCUUUUGGAUUUAAUUUACCCAGUACAGCAGGCACUAGAAUACUCAGUCCUUACAGUUCUUCAAUUUUGAGUCUUUGUAGGUGUCAAUCCCAGAGACACUGUCAAGGAAAAACAUAUAUGCUUAGCAGUCAAAAUAGGCAUUUUGCAGUUUAAUAACUUCCAAACUUGAAUUCAUCUUAUGUCAUUAAUUGUGUUGAUACUGCAUUCUGGAUUUUGCCUGAGUAUCACUGUCAUUCUGUUCAGCCAGACAGAGCACUGCAGUGUGAAAGCUCUUUUUAAGGCCUUGUCAGUGCUGGAUGCUAUGUAGUCUACUUCUAUUCUGACUUUGACUUUAGUACAGAUUUUAUAACUCCGAGAACAAUACAGGGAGGCAUGGUCCCUUUUCCGCAGUUCAUGAUUUGAUUCUUUUUCCCAAUCACUCACUCACUUUCCUGAUUCUCCAAGGGCCAAAUACUCUAGUGAGCACUGGAGCAUGCCUCUAUGGUAGGCCAAAGGCUGCACUCUUCAGCCUCUGUUGUGCAGCUGCUGCUGACUUGACAGGCACAGGUAGCCACACUGUGUGCAAGAACACAUGCCCAGAAAGGUGCCAGUAAUUAUAAUUACCAACAAUUUUACCAAGAUACUAACCUUGGACACAGAGUUUUUAGGGAGUUAGCAGGUCCCACCUGGAUAAAUGGGUUCGUUAAUCUUGGGAGGUCAUUUGCUCCCCAUAACAAUGUGUGAAAAUUGAAGCUAACUAAAUAUGAUUGACUGUUAAUACUUUGCUGAAAUACAUGCUAACAACUGUUAACUAAUGACAUGCAUUCUGUAAAAAAGAGGUGCUUUCCCGUGAUGUAGGCCUGAAGCAGUGCCAGUGAGCACAGGUUGGAAAUGUGAACUGUGGUGACUGGGUUCAGCAUUUCCAAUGCAGCAUUAUCAGUAGGCCUUUAAAGAUACUUUGUGAGUAUAUAUUAGCUUUCACUUUUGUUAUUAAGUUAUAGCAGUUCUAUUAUAGAGAGCAAGUUUGCCUUGAUUUGAUUUUGUUUAAAAUGACUUCUGCUCAGCACCCAGGAGAUAAAAUUGACAUAUUUUUAUAAUAUAAGCAUACUUUUUUUGUACAUUGUGUUCAUUCUUGAAUAAAGUAAGUUCAGUGUUGGCUUGUAGAUAAUAAAAAGAAAGUAAGUAUUUGAUUUUGUUUCAAUAAAUGUUUUUCAAUCCUGG